AAUCAUAAGUCACUAACAUGGCUUCCUUAAGCUUCCUAGUGUUGCUCCUUUUUGCUCUCUAUAUCAUCCCUCAAGGGCUUGCCAACUAUGAGAAACCUCCCGAGUAUAAACCACCAGUUCAGAAUCCCCAAUUUUAUAAACCACACAUAGAGAAACCACCGGUGCACAAACCACUGGAUGAGAAACCUCCAGUCCACCAUCCACCAAUCGAAAAACCCCCCAUUUACAAGCCUCCAGUAGAGAAACCACCUGCGUACAAACCUCCAGUAGAGCACCAUCCCGUCUACAGGCCACAUGUAGAGAAACCUCCGGUAAACAAGCCACCAGUUGAGAAGCCUCCAGUGCACAAGCCACCAGUUGAGAAACCACCUGUACACAAGUCACCAGUUGAGAAACCACCUGUACACAAACCACUAGUUGAGAAGCUGCCUGUUUACAAGCCAUCUGUAGAGAAACCUCCGGUGUACAAGCCACCAGUUGAGAAGCCCCCACUUCACAAACCUCCAGUAGAGAAGCCUCCAGUGCACAAGCCACCAGUUGAGAAACCACCUGUACAUAAGCCACCAGUUGAGAAGCUGCCUGUUUACAAGCCAUCUAUAGAGAAACCUCCGGUGUACAAGCCACCAGUUGAGAAGCCCCCACUUCACAAACCUCCAGUAGAGAAGCCUCCAAUGCACAAGCCACCAGUUGAGAAACCACCUGUACAUAAGCCACCAGUUGAGAAGCUACCUGUUUACAAGCCACCUGUAGAGAAACCUCCGGUGUACAAGCCACAUGUUGAGAAGCCCCCAGUAAACAAACCUCCAGUAGAGAAGCCUCCAGUGCACAAGCCACCAGUUGAGAAACCACCUGUACACAAGCCACCAGUUGAGAAGCUACCUGUUUACAAGCCACAUGUAGAGAAACCUCCGGUGUACAAGCCACCAGUUGAGAAGCCCCCACUUCACAAACCUCCAGUAGAGAAGACUCCAAUGCACAAGCCACCAGUUGAGAAACCACCUGUACAUAAGCCACCAGUUGAGAAGCCACCAGUUGAGAAGCUACCUGUUUACAAGCCACCUGUAGAGAAACCUCCGGUGUACAAACCACAUGUUGAGAAGCCCCCACUUCACAAACCUCCAGUAGAGAAGCCUCCAGUGCACAAGCCACCAGUUGAGAAACCACCUGUACACAAGCCACCGGUUGAGAAGCUACCUGUUCACAAGCCACCUGUAGAGAAACCUCCGGUGUACAAGCCACCAGUUGAGAAGCCCCCAGUUCACAAACCUCCAGUUGAGAAGCCUCCAGUUCACAAACCUCAAGUGGAGAAGCCAACUGAAUACAAGCCACCAAUUGAGAAGUUUCCAGUUUACAAACCUCCAGUAGAGAAGCCUCAAGUGCACAAGCCACCAGUUGAGAAACCACCUGUACACAAGUCACCAGUUGAGAAGCUACCUGUUUACAAGCCACCUGCAGAGAAACCUCCGGUGUACAAGCCACCAGUUGAGAAGCCUCCAGUGCACAAGCCACCUGUUGAGAAACCACCUGUAUACAAACCACCAGUUGAGAAGCCCCCAGUUCACAAGCCUCCAUUCGAGAAGCCACCGAUUUACACACCUCCAUUCUAGAUGCCACCUUAGCUCCCAAAGUCCUCUCGGGCAGAGGAUGGUACUCUUUUCUAGAACAUGCUAUGAAGAAAAUAUGUUGAAUAAGAGAUAUAUAGUUUUCUAAUUAAUCAAGGGAUAUAUAUUCAUUUCAAUAAGUUGUUUACAAUGCUCUUGGUAUGAUAAGAAUGUGAGUGAAAAACGGAGAAUGAAAUAGUGUUUUUGUUCUCCAAAUUAUGAAUAAAAAUUCUAUGAUCUUGAUGUUUUGUUGGUUGAAUAAA